AUGACUGAAGACUGUUUUGUGAAAGUGGUUGAACACUUUGCAAUACAUGUCAGGCCUUCAAAAGAGAAUCCAGCAUUGAUAUUAAUGGAUAAUCACACCUCUUAUGUAAAUCUCAGAGUGGUUGAAUUUGUCAGACAAAACUCCAUCAUAAUAGUUACAUUCCCACCACACUGCAGUCAUAAACUGCAACCACUAGAUAUCACAGUAUAUGGGCCUUUCAAAACUACGUACCGCACUGCCAUGAAUGAAUGGAUGUUGACGAACCCUGGAAAAACAGUUACUAUUUACCAAAUUGGGCAAUUUGUAAAAGAAGCAUAUUUGCCAGCUUUCACUCCACAGAAUAUAACACAAGGAUUUUUGAAAACAGGAAUUUAUUCAUUAAAUUCUAAUAUAUUUAGUGAAGAAGCAUUUUUAUCUUCAUAUGUGACCGAUAGACUUGAUCCGCAGUCAAACGAUGGUUUGAACUUGUAUAAGGAAAGUAUGGAAAGAAACUUAGAAACAACACCUCCAUCUUCUACAAAAUCGCUUGAAGCUGGCGAAGAAAAUGAGCUUCUAAUAGAUCAGAAUAUCGGACUCUCUCACCGUUCAACCUCCACCCCCACGGCUGCAAAUCCGAGUCAACGAAUUAUAUCACCGGAGAUGAUAAGACCAUUUUCUAAAGCGGGGCCAAGACAAAACACGAAACGAAAUAAUAGAAAAAUGUCAUCUGCUAUCGUAACCGACUCUCCCGAAAGGAAAAAAAUAGAGGAGAAAGAGUAUAGUGCAAAGAAACCAAAAGUUACUGUUAAGAAAAUGACUACAAAAGACUCCAUAAAAACGCUUAAAACAAAAUCAGAAAUAAAUAAAGAAAAUUCCGUUCUGCAAGAUGACUCUGAUUCGUCUGACUCUAUCGUAUUGGAUGAAUUAAAAACAAAGGGUGUUCGAAGCAAAAUAAACCCAAAGACAAAUAACAAUAGUGAUGAUUGUGUAGUUUGGAGCAAAACAUAUAAAGACAGUGAUCAAGAUUGGUUUCAGUGCAAAAUUUGUUCUGGUUGGGCUCAUGAAUGCUGUGGUAUUAAGGGGAACCUUAAUUUCUUUUGCAAGACAUGUUUCUAA